AUGUUAGCUCAAAAUUCAUGCUGCUAUGUUCCACUCCUUUUUAAGUAUUAUAAGAAGGUUCCACAGGAGUAUUAUCAAUGUUUGAAAUUAUUAUCUACACAAGCAACGAAACAAUCUUUAUCAACUGAGGGUCCUUUGUCUGAGUAUACCCAAAGAGUAUCAAGUGGAGAAUUGAGUGAAGAUUCACAUCAGGAAGAAGUAAUACAACAUUUGCAACAAGUUUAUCAUGAAGUUACUUCUUUUGUGCGACCCGCUCCGCAAAGCCAAAGUGGACGAUCUCUAUUUAGCUUCUUUAAGAAGCCUCAACCUCAGAAAAUAAUUGCACCAAAAGGGUUAUACUUAUAUGGGAGUGUUGGAGGAGGGAAGACCAUGCUAAUGGACUUAUUCUAUGAGACAGUGCCGAUAAAGGAAAAAUUACGAGUCCAUUUUAAUUCUUUCAUGUUAAAUAUUCAUGCGAGAAUUCAUGAGUUGAAAAUAAAAUCAGGGAAAGGUGCCAGUUCAUUCCGUGAUGAGGGAUCUAAGCCGUUUGAUCCAAUACCACCAGUCGCUGCAGAUAUAACUCAGGAAUCAUGGCUAAUUUGUUUUGAUGAGUUUCAAGUGACAGACAUUGGUGAUGCCAUGAUUUUAAAACGCUUAUUCACUCAGUUAUUUGACAAUGGCUGUGUUGUGAUAGCAACUAGUAAUAGAAAGCCUGAUGAUCUGUACAAGAAUGGAUUGCAAAGAUCUAACUUUUUACCAUUUAUACCUAUUCUGAAAGCUCAUUGUAAUGUAGUACAAUUAGAUUCUGGUGUAGAUUACAGGUUGAAGGGAAGUGGCAAUAAAUAUAGCAAAUAUUUUCUAAAUAGUGAGCUCACUCCAGAUAAUAAUGCAGUAGAUAAUUUAUUUAAAUUUUUAGUAUCUAAGGAAACAGAUACAGUAAGGCCUAGAGUUAUUAAUAUUUUAGGCAGAAAUGUUAAGUUUGCUAAAUCCUGUGGAAGAGUUUUGGAUUCUACUUUUGAGGAGCUAUGUGAUAGACCGCUUGGAGCCAGCGAUUACCUAGUAAUAUCAAAAACAUUUCACACUGUGUUCAUUAGAAACCUGCCGCAAUUGUCAAUUACAAAGCACAGGUCUCAACUGAGAAGAUUUAUUACACUUAUUGACACCUUAUACGACAAUCGAGUGAGAGUAGUUAUAGUUGCAGACUGUGAGCCGAAAAUGUUAUUCAAAUCUGACGAAAAAACUGAAAUUGAAGAUGUCGAAAGAGCGCUUAUGGAUGAUUUGAAAAUUACUAAAGAUUCCGAAGAUGCUAAAGCAGCCAUUUUUACGGGUGAGGAAGAAAUGUUUGCGGUGGACCGUAGUCUUUCUCGAAUAAUGGAAAUGCAAACGGAUGAGUAUUGGGAAAAGUGGGGCAAACAAAUCAACUAG